UUUUUGGUAGAUGAUAAGUGAACAAACAAGAAAUAAAGAACAAACAAGCGAAAAAAAAAUACAAAAAAUAAUGAAAAAUCGUAAAAAAACGAGUUCGAGGAAUUGGUGUGCGAGAGACGAGACAGUGGUCCAACAAAGGCCACGGAGGGAAAGAAAUCUUUCUUGGUUGGAACUAGAUAGCUCCGUUAUUGCGACAGAUACUGUUACUGGGCAUGGAUUAGUCAGGAAUUAGACAGACAGGAAAUCCUUAGACAGGAAUUGAGUCCAGAUCUGCUCCAGGACGGGUGUGGCUUACGGGAUCGGAAUUAGUUUUGCUACCGAUAUGCAACCAAAUAAGCUCUAGAUCCAGUGUGUGUUUGGGACCAGUCCCAGGGGGGUGUGAAAAUAUCCGAUGCCGACUCCGAUCUGAUUCCGAUUCCGACUCCGGCAACAUGGGAACCACUAGUCCCGCAAGGAGUCGGAGCCGUCCGGUGUCUUAGUUGUUCCGAGUCGUCCAGAGUCGGUCAGAGUCCUACGGGGUCGAGCUGAGUCGGAAUCAUUCGGAGUCGUCCAGCGUCGAUACUAGUCGAGAGUAUACAGGCUUUGUUUGUUUCGAAGGACGACGAUGACUACGGAACGACUCCGGACGACUCGGGAUGACUCCAGACGACUCGGCGUGAUUCCGGACGACUUCGGACGACGCCGAAUGACUCCGACUCCAGACAAUUCCAGACGAUUCCGAACGUUUCCAGAUAACGCUGGGCAGAUUUCCCUUCCGGAGUCCGUUCCGAAAUUUUUGGAGUUUAAUCGAAGUCGACUCUGGAUUUGUGUCAACUUUACCCAUCACUAAUCCGGAGUCAUCGGGAAUCACAGACGUUCGGAGUUUAAGUCGUCUGGAUUUAGACGGAGUCGGAAUAGACCGAAAUCGUCGGGGAUCAAUUCGGCUGAUCGAUAUAGGGCCAGAGCUCACAUUCAGGUCCGGAUUAAGGCUAGGAUCAGUUCCAGGGCUAAUGUUGGUUCAAUUCUAAGUCCUGUUUGGUUUUGGCUUCAGUUUCUGCACAUAGGCAUGGAUUCUGUGACAGAUCCGGGAUCGACAUGGACUCUGAAUCAGUUUCUCUUAAUGUGUCCCUAUGACCUUAGAUCAAUUGGGCCACCAAUUGAAUAUUCCUAAAUUGAUAUUGGGCAGCCCUGUACUCGGGCCAACUUAGCUAGCAGAUUUAAAAUCGAUCGACUAGGGACUAACAAUUGAUGUUGAUCGUAGACAGCAUCGGUCACAUUUUGUUGUUUAGGGAACACAACUUCAUGGUUGAGGUACUCUUAAGCUAUGCUUAGGCAAAAACAAGCUGAUAUCUUUUAAAAUCUCAAAAAUCCUUGAACUUGUAGCCUCUUUUCUCGGAUAGUCGCAUUUCCAUAACAAAAUGAUCAAUUAUCAAGCGGAUGUUUACCGCUGAUGAGCUAAAAUUAAAAGUUAUAUUUAUUAGUCAUGAGCGUUGUCAAAAGGCUGCAUUUGUACUUCGUGUGCUCAUUAAAUGACCUAUGGUUAGAGCACUAUUUCAAAAUUUUAACAGAAUGGCUUUGCUUGGUUGAGUGUUUUUUAGAUACUGGUGUGAUUGUUUGUACUGCCACAGCCCCAAAGUAUUUUUUCACCCUUCUGUGAAGACGAUGUACGAGGUUUAAAGAUCAUAUUUGGAGUAAUGUAUAAGAAUUAUUAAAUGGCCGAGUUAUGGCGACCGCCACUGCACAUAUGAGAAAAUGUCAUGCAAACUGCUUGGCUCAUUAUACUCUACCAGCAUUAAACGGUUUUGAAGGUAUUUAAAGCCAUAGUCGCCUUAGAAUAAAUCUUAGAAAUCUUAGAAAUAUUACCCUUAGAAAUCUUUCAACCGAAACUUCAACCGAAAAACGUCAAUCUUUAAUAGAGAGAAAUAACCCACGCCAGAGAAUAUAACACCUAGAUCGUGCUAUCGAAUCUCACACUCCUUUCUGGGAAUCACUACAACAGUGCAGGGUUGAAAACAGCUUCGGUAAGGUUGUAGCAAGUUGGCAAAUUCAAAUUUAAAAUUCAAAGCGAAAUAUUUCAUUGAAAUAUAUCAAAGACAUUUAAUUGCUGCUAAAUGCACUGCUAAUCGCCUUCAAUUCGCCGGCGAAUAACAGGCGAUUAGGAAGUCAUUUAAAGGAAGUUUGUAGGUGGGGUGCUUUAACCCAAAAUGACUUAAAACCGAAGCCGAUUCUCGGAGUUGACUCCAGAGCCGAUUCCAGAGUCGAUUCCGGGGUCGAGGAAACGAUUCCGGAAUUAAAAUCGGCUCCGGAAUCAGAAUCAACUUAGGAAUCGGAAUCGACCUGGGGAUCGCAAUUUGCUCCGGAAACGGAAUCCGGAUUGUCUCCAGAAAUGAAAUAAGCUCCGGAAUGGGAAUUAGUUCUUGCAUUGAAGUAAGAAGUUUCAGGCCUAUCUUCUUACGGAGAUAGCGCCUAUCCUUACGGAGAUGCCGAACUUCGGAGAAGCUGGUAUCAAUUUCGACGAAAACUUCAUUUUCCCAUCACUAGCCCCUUUUACCCGGUUUGGACGAGAUCGUUGUGGAUGAUCCCGCUGAUCAAGCUGUCAAACUUGUUUAUGUUCUACCAUCGGGUGUGUUUGUGAAGACAAAGGCAGUUGCGAUCGAAUCGCCGACGGAAGCAGACCACACCCCAAUCUCAGCGCUUACCUUGGAGUGAUUUUUUUCCUGCAUCUUUCAAAAAUUUUACUACACCCUCCAACUGUAACCCGGUCUUUACCAUGGCAGCGCCGGGUCCAUAUGCUACGAUUGAAUUGGACUCUGAAGACGAUGCCAAUGACACCGGCCCGGCAACGCGUGCCGAAGUGAUAUUGAACACUGAUGGGGCCGGCGAGCACGAACAGCAGAGCGACGACGACGACCUCAUUUGCAUGUGGGAAGAGCCGCAAACGUUCGGCAUCUUCGACGAACCGGUCGGCAAAAACGUCCCAUUCGACGAGGCUGAUGAACGGACUGCGAGCGAGUAUGCGGCCCUGGUGUGCGACGAUGCGCUGUUCGGCAUACUCGUCAAAGGAACCAACCGGCACCGAAAGCUGUGGGCAGGUUGUAUGCGGGCUAGAGGGCUAUCAGUUGAACCGUACCGGAAAGUCACCGUGGCCGAGAUGAAGCGGUAUGUCGGCCUGCUGCUGGUGAUGGGGCAGGUCAGAAAAGAAUGCCGGCGCUACUACUGGUCGACGGACCCGCUGCUCGAGACGCCCCUGUUUGCGAAAACCAUGAGCUAUCAGAGAUUUAAGAAAAUAAGUCGCUACUUUCACGGGAUGAAGCUGGCCAACCGAACGUACGACGCGAAACCGGUGCUGAACCAUCUGGUACCGAAGUUCCAGGCGCUGUACGCACCGAAGCAGCGGCUGAUGGUGUCGGAACUAGCGAUACCGAAGGACGCGGUAAAGGGCCAGCAAACCGAGCCGCCCAACCCCGCCCAGGGACAACCGCCGGAAAGCGCAAAGCAGCUAAGACUGCUGUGCGACAGUGACACCGGCUAUGUGCUGAACGUGGAGCUUGCCAACCAGGAGCUGGACCAGGUCGCCCUCACGGACGUGUCCAUCGUGCACCCGUACUUCGGCCGCUGGCACCAUGUGUACUGGGGCAACGGCGGGAUCACCGUUGCUGCGGCGGAAACGCUGUACGCAAACCAAACGCUCGCCUGCGGAACGCUCCGCAACGCUCCGGAAGGCACGGUGGCCCCCGAGCGGAAUGGUCCGGUCCUGGUGAUGGACGGGCAGGGCAAACCCAUCCUCUCGACGAUGCACGAUGCGGCUGCGAUGCAGCCUGCUGCCGGCCAACCGCAAGGCCCGCCGCCGGUCUGCGUGGCAGACCUAAACCGACACUUGGCAGAACUGGAACGGUUCGAAGGUUUCCUCGUCGAAGAAUACCUGUCGAAUGCAAGCGUCCGGUGGCACAAGCGCACUGUAAUGUUGCUGAUCAAUGUGGCGCUGCUGAACGCGUACAUCCUGUUCUCCCAGGCCGACAAGGUUAGCCGGUUUAGGUUCAACGCAUUCCGGCUAGAGGUCGCCAGGGAAUGGGUGGGGGCGGAUGUGCCACUGGAAGAGCCGAGCGAUCACAUGCCGAUGCGCCCCGUUGUCACCGAAGGAAGGAAGCGGAAAUUUCUCCCAAUGAUCAAAGGAAGGAAACAUCAUGCCCGAAACUAAGGGGCAGCGCAAGCCGAUGGUGGAAGUAAGCCACGCAACGAACUCCGCAGAGCGCUUGGGUUGGAGCAUCUUCAACACUUGUGAAUGUGCAGUGCGCGAACUCCCAAUAUCAACUCCUAAUUUUGUUUGAUAAUAUUUUAAUAUUUUGAUAUAUGUUAUGCUCUUUUAGCAACUUUAUGUGCAAAUCAUACCUGCUUGUCAGUUAAAUAUCUCUUACAGUAUGUUUAUUCCUGUCACCAGUAUGGCUGUGUCCUUCCUGUGAUCCUAUGUGAUGCUUCAGAACUUCAGAACUCGCUCGCGUAAUCCGCUGACAUUCAAUUAUGAUUUCGAUUCAUGUGUAAUCAAUCGUCACGUUCUGCUAGAACGAGAUCUGCUCAGUAGGAGUACGUAAUUGGUCGUACUAUGCAGACUAUUGGUCACUCAUACGCAGAAUGUGUAGAUAUCUAUGGGACGUUUCUUUUAGUCUGGUCCGUCCUGUCCUUGAAUAUGCAUGUUGUUGGAGUUAGGAAUUAUUAUUUUCGAAGAUCAAUUUGAAUUUCGCAUAAACUAAACGGUAGGGAAACUAAGAUUAGGGUAUAAACAAGCUCGACGUAAAUAACUGCUCUAACCAACACUCAUUGCUGGUUUACUGUUGGACAACAUCGAUGCACCAUCAUUACUGUCGCAAUGGUCCUUUGAUAACCUGUUUUACGUCCAUUUAAUGUAUGUGGGGACUCGAUUAACCAAACUUAACGCUGCUUCUUCUCUGUUAUCAUUUACGAAGCCUGUCCAUACCUUCACCUACUCCUUUGAUUCCUUUCCAAUGAGCUAUAAAUGUACAAUUACCGCACCUAUGAGUUUUUGUGAAAUGUAUUUAGUUUUGCUAGGUUAGCUUAAUGUUUAGGAUGAAUCAUCAUUGUUUAGCCAGUGUAUGCAAACAAGUGAAAUAAAAUGAA